CAGAGAGGACCCACAUGGACAUGGCUGCGCGCUUGGGCCUCGUCCUCCCGCACGCGGCGCUCCUCGGCGGCUCCGCCGCUGCUUCCACCCGAGCUCUCAACCCGUCCCGUGCUCGCCUCCCUUAUCCUACUCCUCCUCCUUUCCCCACCUGCUGCCGCCCCUCCUCCUCCUCCACCUACGCGGCGCGCCCCCGCUCCAGCCCCCGCUGCGGGUCGCCGCGUCUCCUGGCUGUCCGCGCCAUGGCGUCGGGGAACCCCUACGCCGCCGAGCUCGCCGCGGCCAAGAAGGCCGUCACCCUCGCCGCCCACCUCUGCCAGGCAGUGCAACAGGACAUUGUGCAUUCAGGCAUUCAGUCUAAGGCGGACAAAAGUCCUGUCACAGUGGCCGAUUAUGGAUCUCAAAUAUUGGUCAGCCUUGCCUUGAAGAUGGAAGUAUCACCUGGCCCGUUUUCAUUGGUGGCUGAGGAGGACUCGGAAGAAUUGAGAAAAGAUGGCGCUGAAGAAAUUUUGGAAGAAAUUACUGAUCUUGUGAAUGACACCAUCUUUGAUACUGGUUCAUAUAACAUUUCAUUUACGAAGGAAGGUAUUCUCUCAGCGAUUGAUGAUGGAAAGUCCGAGGGAGGCCCAUCUGGGAGACAUUGGGUCCUAGAUCCAAUCGAUGGUACUAAGGGUUUCUUAAGGGGUGACCAAUAUGCAAUCGCACUGGCCCUGCUUGAUGAAGGUAAAGUUGUUCUAGGUGUAUUGGCUUGUCCAAAUCUUCCUUUGUCAUCAAUAAGCAACCCAAAUGGUAGCUCUUCGGGCCAUCAAGUUGGUGCCCUUUUUUCUGCUACAAUUGGUUGUGGGGCUGAAGUAGAGUCUCUAGACGGUUCUCCUCCACAAAAGAUUAGCAUUUGCUCCAUUGACAAUCCAGUCAAUGCCUCAUUCUUCGAAUCCUAUGAAAGUGCACACUCCAUGCAUGAUCUGACUGGCUCUAUUGCAGAGAAACUCGGUGUCCUAGCUCCUCCAGUUAGAAUUGACAGCCAAGCAAAAUAUGGUGCUCUGGCCCGAGGCGAUGGUGCCAUUUACUUGCGUUUUCCACACAAAGGUUACAAAGAGAAGAUAUGGGACCAUGCGGCUGGCUCAAUUGUCGUGACAGAAGCUGGAGGUAUAGUAACAGAUGCCGCUGGGAACGACUUGGAUUUCUCCAAAGGGAGAUUUCUUGAUCUCGACACAGGCAUCAUCGCGACAAACAAGCAGUUGAUGCCGUCACUCCUGAAGGCCGUUCAAGAUGCUAUUAAGGAGAAGAACCAGGCCGCCUCCCUCUUGUAGGCUGUAGCAGUCAUAGUAAUCAACAAAAAAUGUUAGUUGCAAUAAUGUUUCAUAUUCAUACUGCGUCAUACAUGUACCUGGCCUUUUGUUGUGACAUUACAAUUUCAUGUUGUACCACUUGUGAUGAGGCUCUUUCCUCUUGGCAAUCAGAUGUCUUUUUUAUUACUGUUUUA